GCUCGGUGGGGAGGGUUGUGCCAGCGCGUCCUGCCCUGUCCGCUGCUCACGAGCCAGUGCCGGCGCAGUGCACGGGGUCUUGUGCCGCCCAGCGCUGCAGACGAUAAAUGAUACACCCGCCGCUGAGUGGCGCAGAACUACGUUUACGUCACAAAGAAAAUGGAAAAGGGACUGGAAAUUGAAAAGCUUCGUGGCCAGCUACAGGAGCUGCAGGGCCGGACGGUAGCCGAGUUCACCAGCCACCUCUCCGGCCUGAUGGAGCGGCACGUGUCCGGCCUGCAGGCGACCGCCGCGCCUCCGCUCGCGAACGGGCACGUCGCCGGCUCCAGAAGGGAUCACGGAAAACGGUUUGUUCCGCGGGAGUCUCUGCUUACGGAGCUGUUCCACAUCAGCCACAUCCGCACCAUUUACCACAUCUUCGUGGCCAUGCUGGUGCUGCUUUUCACGCACGCCAUCCUGAUCGACAUGGUGGAGCACGGCACGCUGAGUCUGAGCCCGAGCCUGCUGGUGUACGCGUUCGGAGGUGUCCGGGUGACGGCCGAGACCUGGCUGCUCAUGUUCUGCUCCGUCAUCUUCCUCGUGUACCCGACCUUCCACUUCUGGGCCACACACCGCUCGUCCAGCCCAGUGUUGUUCGACUGGCUGUUUUCCUCCACGUUCGUGGCGUACUGUGGCUGUCUGCUCUACCUGCCUGCUGUCGUGGUAAUGCAGCACAGGCUGCCGCCAGCCUCCUCCUUCAUCGUUCUACUGGAGCAGAUUCGUCUAUUCAUGAAAGUGUAUGCGUUCGUUCGUUCCAUUGUGGUUCGGGCAAGAGCCCCUGAGACGAAGGACUUGGACAGAUGUCCCAACUUCAGCACAUUCCUCCUCUUCAUGUUCGUACCCACUCUGGUGUACAGGGACAGCUACCCCAGGACGGACCGGGUGCGUUGGGGGCGCGUCGUGCUGCACCCUGGCGCAGGUGGUCGGCUGCGUGGUCUACAAUCGUCCUGUUGGAGCGCUUCUUCCAUGCCGCCCUUCCACAGCGGUACGGUCUGGGACUGGUGGAAUGUUACCAACUACGCCAGCUUCUACCGCACGUGGAAUAUUGUGGUCCACGACUGGCUGUAUGAAUACAUCUACUCGGACGUGGUCCGGUACCGCGGCAAGCUGAUGGCUACGCUGGCCGUCUUCGUCGUCUCGUCAAUCGUGCACGAGUACACGCUCAUGUUUGUCUUCAACUUCUUCUUCCCCAUACUGUUCCUUCAGUUCGGCGUGUUCGGCGUGCUGCUGCAUUUCAUGAACGUGCGCAGCGCGGCUGGCAACGUGCUGCUCUGGAUCACCCUGUCGCUCGGCGUUGGCAUCGACAUGACUUUUUACACAGCCGAGUGGUACGCCCGACACAACUGCCCGCAGAUAUACGACAACGUCUAUGCCGACUUUUUCUCAUCAAGAGCGCUGUCCUGCUGGUCAAGGAACAUCACGGAGGGCGUCCUCGGCGAGUCCACAGUCCCGGCCCCCGCGUGACGAGUCCCGCCUCCGCCACUGCGUCUGGCCUGCAGAUGGCUACGAGGGUCGGCCGACGUAAGGCUGCAAGCGACGGGAUCACGUGCCUCCGAUGGAAAGUUUCGGUACCAGAGCUUCACAGCGCGCGCACAAGAGGCCACUGCUGUCUGCCGCAGCGUGAGCGGGCGCCGGUGGCUGGGGAUGCGUGGCCACAUCGGGAGAUGGCGCUGUGGCCGGG